UUAACGCAGUACUUCUUCCCCAAGUCGGCCAUCUUGCCUGGCGUCUGCUUCUUGUUGUUGGAGGCAAACCUUCGCGCCUGCGUAUCGCGAGCCUUGCAGCGCGAGCUACUCACAUCCUGCUUAUUAAUAUUCAUGAGAAUGGGUCGAGGCGCCUGAUUGGCUUUUGCGCUUAGUUUCCAGGACAACCGAAACUAAACGAAUAGUUUCAUUGACCACAAAAGUGCGCCAGCCUUACCAAAGCAAGUCUUAGGGCAAUUAUUAUUUUUAAUCUUUAAAAAUGGACGGACAUGGAGAAAAUGAGGUGAAGAAUCACAGUGAAAGAGAGACAGAAGAGAACAGUAAUGGAGAUAACAGUGAAGUCGUCUCAGAGCUUCCAUCAGACCAUGAAGAAAAGCAGUCUAAUAGCGGGAAAGUCGCAGAAGAGUCCUCUGCUGAAGAAGCUGCCACACAUGAACCAGAAACAAACAGUGAAAAUAAGCUCUGCACUGACUUUGAUGUGAUGAAUAAAGUCAAAGAAGAGGUUGACAGCACUUAUCAUGAGACCCCGGAUUUGGAGAGCUCCCGUCCUGUGCAACAAGAAGAGGAAGAGGCUGAUGAAGAAGGAACCAUUGCUGCAUGUGCGCACAAAGUAAGCAUAAAGUACACAGAAUGCAGGCAGCUCCUCCUGGAUCUGCGCAAGGAGAGAGAUACAGCCAAGUAUAAUAGCAGCCAGCUGCAGAUGAAACUGGCGCAAUACUUAAAGAAGACUGGGGACAGAGCCCAGAUGGAGAGCGAGAAGCUUGUGACAGGGCAGUUGCAGGAGUACGAGAGGUGCAUCAAUACCCUCACUGACCUGAAGCAGCAGCUCUCUGCUGACUCAGAGGCAGCCCAGCAUCAGGCAGAGGACCUGAGACUACAGUGCCAGGAGAAGCUGGAAAAGGUGGAAAAUGAAUGGCAAACAUUGAUGGCACUGAAGCGGGAUACAGCUCUGAAGGUGCUAAGUGGAAGCUUGGGUAAAGAAGUAGCUCAAGCCAAAGUGGAGGCAUUUCUGCAAGCUGAGCAGCUUCGGCAGGACAAGCUGAUCAAGCUGCGCAUAAAGCACAUCAAGUUGAAGAUGAAGGUUUGCAGGCUGGAGGCAGAGCUCCGCCAUGGGGAGGAACGCAGCGGGGAUGCUCUACAGAUGCAGUUUGAGCGGCUGCAGGCUGAGAAGCUAGAGCAGAAAAAACAAGCUGAGAAGCAGAAUAAGGAAUCACUAAAGCUGCAGAAGAAGAUCUGCAGUAGCUUGGAGAUCCUGUCAAAUAUAAAGGAGAAGGUGGACUGGAACCAGAUGGAGAUCAAAGCGGAAAGAGAGCAGCUGAUUGAGCUGGAGACCAUGCUGGCCAGGAAGAGGGACCUCCUGACCAGGAUCAAGCAAGAAAAAAGUCGCCUACUCAGACACAACUUGAGGCUAAAGGAGUGCCGUGGACUGCUGGGGAACAGGGUCCUGCUGCAGGACUUUGAGGAAACCGUGGAUGCCUCUGACCACCUGGAGGAACAACUAGAAAAUCUGAAGUGCCAGCAUGCUGAGAUCCUCUUAAGCAGCGGCAGGUGGAAGAAGAAGCUGGAGGGUAUUUAAUCAAUGAAUGAACAAAUUACUAAAAUACUAUCUCAGGUUUUGAUAAGCUAUGAAAAACCAAAUUUAGCUAACAAGGGACCAUCAGGAAUGAUAAUGAGCAUUAGCCCUUACAGUUUUAUUCAGUGUAAUGUUACUGUAAACUAACCUUGCAUUUCCAAAACUGUAUCUUAAAGACUUUUGUGAAACUUGGAAAACCAUAAUCCAGUUCAUGGUUGGGGUUCAAUGUAUCUUCUUAAAGAGCAAAAUCACCUAAUCUGAUACAGAAAGGAUUUCAAAAUCCAUGUCAUGUAAGCUAGUGCUGGAGUUAUUGUUUGAUGUUGAAAGCUAUUUUAAAAACAUGGUGGAAAUAAAGAUACAAAUCCAAAACUUUU